AUGUUUGUUGGCAUGGUGCUGAGUAUGUGGAUCAGCAAUGUUGCUGCCCCAGUUCUCUGUUAUUCCAUCAUCCAACCAAUGCUUCGAAAUCUACCAACUGACUCCCGGUUCUCAAAAGCCCUCAUCCUCGGCAUUGCCCUGGCUUCUAACAUUGGGGGUGCCGCAUCUCCAAUCGCAUCUCCUCAAAAUAUCAUCGCGUUGCAGAACAUGGACCCUGCCAUCAGCUGGGGAAUGUGGUUCUUUAUCGCAUUGCCAAUCUGCAUCCUCUCUAUUCUGGCCAUCUGGAUCCUUCUCCUGAUCACUUUCAACCCAAGCCGUGGAACAACUAUCAUCCCCAUUCGUCCUGUAAAGGACAAAUUUACGGGCAUCCAGUGGUUCAUAACCAUUGUCACGAUAGGCACAAUAUGUCUAUGGUGUGUUAGCCACCAGCUCGAGAGCACGUUUGGAGACAUGGGCGUUAUUGCCAUUCUCCCCCUAGUACUGUUUUUUGGCACAGGCAUCCUGACAAAAGAAGACUUCAACAACUUCCUCUGGACCAUCAUCAUCCUGGCGUCCGGUGGACUCUGUCUGGGGAAGGCGGUCACCUCUUCGGGGCUUCUGCACACGAUUGCCCGCUCAAUAACGAGCGGCGUUGCCGGGCUGAGCUUGUACGGGGUUCUCUUUGUCUUUGCGGCCUUGAUUCUGGUGGUGGCAACUUUCAUCUCCCAUACAGUGGCAGCGUUGAUUCUGCUACCCCUGGUCAGAGAGGUGGGUAUGGGGAUGAACGAGCCACAUCCUAACCUACUGGUGAUGGGUAGUGCCUUGAUGUGCUCUGUGGCGAUGGGUUUACCCACCAGCGGCUUCCCUAACAUGACUGCGGUCAUGAUGGAAGUCCCAGAGACCGGCCAGCGUUAUCUCCGUGUCCGCCACUUCAUCACACGGGGUGUACCGGCGAGCAUCAUCUCUUUCGGCCUUGUUGUAACCCUUGGAUACGGACUGAUGGUGGUUGCGGGGUUGUAG